ACCUGUCGCUGGAGGCGGUGCCGAGGCCGGUCUGUGGGUAGUCGGAGCAGCGAACACACUUGCCUCUCUGGACUGUGUUUCCCGUAAAUCACACGGAUGCUGAGCAAAAGCGGGCCGCCGGGGCCGAGGGAGCGAAGAGCAGGAAGAGGAGGGCAGCAUGGCGUUGGUGAUCCUGUGGGUUUCUCUGACAGCUGCGUUGGUUUUUGAAGUGUUCGGAGAAAUAAAGAUCCCAACACAUAUUCGAAUUCAGGCAUUUAAUCUCAAGUAUGUGCUAAAGUGGGACAAUGUGAAGAACAGUAAUUACAGUGUGAACUAUACUGUCAAUUAUAGAAGUACGGUUGGAGCCUGGAAGAAAGUGAAGGGAUGUAAACGUAUCGCCCGUACAGAGUGUGAUUUCACUUCAGCAGACAUUAUUUUUAAUGGAGAAUACAUCCUGCGGCUACGUGCCCAUCAGGGGAAUCAGACAUCGGCCUGGUUGUGCACAGAUUUGUUUAUUCCCUCCAGGAACAGUGAAAUUGGACCACCAACUGUACAGGCAGAAUCAAAAGGGCACUUGCUUACUGUCAGCAUUUCCGAACUAUAUAUGGAAAAUAAUGCAUCUAUAGAAAAAAUGUAUAAAGAUAUUUCGUACAGGAUAACCUACUGGAAAGAAAAUUCUCAUGAAAUUAAAAACGAGAAAAACAGCACAAACAGAUUGGUAGUUCUGAAUCUUGACCCUUGGACCACAUAUUGUCUGAAUGUACUAGCUUUCAGCUCCAUGUACAACACAACAGGACAGGCUAGUUUGGUUGUGUGUGAAAAGACUGGUGGUGCUACUCCCGAGUGGCAGAUUGCUAUAGGCUUCUUUGUUUCACUGGUGGUGUUUUUCAUUGUACCAGUAGGAUGCACCUUGUGUAUACAUUGCACGUACAGAUGCAUAAUGUAUGCCUUGUUUCCACCACACACCUUGCCAGAACAUAUACAAGAGUGCUUCAGUGAGCCGUCCCAAAGUGCUCCCUUGCAUGUGCUGACAUCGGUUGAAGAUUCAGAGGAGUGCUGUGAUCCACUCAUAGUUGUCACCAAAACCAAGAGCUUAAGCUCCUGUUCGGGUUCCUUUAUAUCUACAGUCGAGAAUGAAAUGCAUGAUCAAAGUGGUCAAACCAGCGCAGAUUCUGGGCAAUUUUCGAAUGCAGGAAGUUCCAGGAUUGAAGAAUUUGGAGAAGGCACAUUAACAGACCUUGAUCUACAGACAUAGAUUUGGGAUUUAGAAACUAAAACUUUUCUUUUGAGUCCUAUAUCUGAUUUUUAUUUCAGGUAGUAUUUUCUCAUCUGGCAUGUACCACUGGUUAGGUUUUACAUGCAUGUCUGAGGUAAGUGUGUCAUUGAGCUUAUUUAAUUUCAGAUGUUUUUAAUUUUUAAUGCUAAUUUGUUAUAGACCCUUAUAUCUUCGACUGCUCAGUUAUGUGAACUGAAAGUGCCAGUCGUGAUGAAAUCGCAUUUAGACGGUCAGAAUCCCUAUUUAAACAGCAAACCUUUUUCAUGAUUGAAAUAUAGGGAUGUCGAGAAAAGUGCUUUCUUUUAAAUAAUGUUUGUGUUUUUCUAAAAUUUCCGGCAGCUACCACAAAGCUACCUACACUCUUAUUGACAACAUCGGUAUUGUAAUAAGAUAAUCGGAGUAUGCCAUAACAGUACAAUAAUGGCCUUUUCAGUGUUAAUGCAAUUAGGAUUUUUAAAUGUGCAUUGUUAUCAAUUGAAGUAAUAAUUGUGCCUUUGUAAGGAUCUGGAAUACAUUGCCUGCUUGUAGGGGUGCUGGAAGGAAAAUGUUUUGAUGACAGAAAUAAAUUACAGAACCCUGGUCAUCUGGACUUACUGGAUAACUCUGCUAAAUAAUUGAUAGAGGGUCGUGGGCCAUGUAUCCUCCCUAUAUUAUAUUCUGUGGCUUCCUUGGCUGUUCUCUUAAGCCCAGUGUGACGAUGAAUCGUAGAUACUGACAGGGUUCAAUGGUUUAAUGAUCAGGUCAGAUUAGCAGUGAAAUAUUUUAAAGGGUUUCAGAUGAGGAAGAAUAAAUAUUGUAAUAUUCCUGCUCAAUUUUUAAAUUCUUGGAAAUCUUUUGAAAGCAGUGAGGAUAGCAAGGAUAAAAGGCAAAACUAGGCCAAGCUCCAACUAUGGAAAAUAAUUGCAUCUCCCACCAAUCAAUCACUCAUUCAUUCAUCCUAGAGUAUAUAAAGCAAUUAAUAAUACAGGUAGGGGGAAGUACAUAAUCCUUAAUAUUCUAAUAAUCUCAUCCACCCCAGUUAUUUGAUACAAAUACAUCGAUAGAUGCUCCUGAACACAUCAUCAGUGAUGUAACCUGGGGUCAUUGGGUGUUUCGGGUCUUUCAACAUCAGACACCCUCACCCAGGCGACCCAGCUGAGAACUAGAAAAUAAUAAAGAC